AAAGACGUUUGGCGCGGCUGGUAGACAGACUGCAGACGGCAGAGGGAGAGGAGAGCAGGUCAAACCAGCGGUUCAGCUGCUUUCUACUAUUUUCUCUUGGAGAAAAGGCCGAGAGACAUUCGUACGCUUACUAAGAGAGAGUUGGUGCGGUUUUAUUUGGGGUCUUUCCUCAUUCUCUCGUCGGCCGUCUAUCGAAGCUUGCCCUGCGCAGGCAGACGGAAAUACCUUGAAAAUGCCUCCCAUCGAAAAUGACACCGGGAAGAAUGAACUCAAAUCUCGGAUACAGCAGCUUAUUGACACAAACCAAGUGAUGGUUUUCAGUAAAAGCUACUGUCCGUAUUGUGUCAAGGUGAAAGACUUGUUCAAAGAGCUUAAAGUCGAGUGUAAUGUGGUGGAGCUGGAUCUCAUAGAGGAUGGAACCAACUACCAGGAGAUGCUGCUCGAGAUGACCGGACAGAGAAGUGUUCCGAAUGUCUUCAUCAACAAGACGCAUGUCGGCGGCUGUGACAAAACAAUGCAGGCUCAUAAAGACGGCAGCCUGCAGCAGCUACUGAGCGGAGAAAAUGAAUCUUACGACUAUGACCUGAUUGUCAUCGGAGGAGGAUCUGGAGGCCUGGCCUGUUCAAAGGAAGCUGCUAUAUUGGGGAAGAAGGUCAUGGUACUGGACUAUGUUGUGCCUACACCAAAGGGAACAACCUGGGGUCUCGGUGGAACUUGUGUGAACGUGGGCUGUAUUCCCAAGAAGCUGAUGCACCAGACGGCCAUGCUGGGCACCGCCAUGCAGGACGCACGCAAGUUCGGCUGGGAGUUCAAUGAGACAGUCAAGCACAACUGGGAGACGAUGAAGACGGGGGUGAACGACUACAUUGGCUCACUGAACUGGGGCUACAGGGUUGCACUGAGAGACAAGAAUGUCAACUACGUCAAUGCGUAUGCAGAGUUCCUUGAACCACACAAAAUCAAGGCAACAAACAAACGAGGAAAGGAGACAUUAUACACAGGGGCUACGUUUGUCUUAGCCACAGGCGAGAGGCCACGCUACCUGGGCAUCCCCGGAGACAAGGAGUACUGUAUCACCAGUGAUGACCUCUUCUCGUUGCCUUACUGCCCGGGAAAGACCCUGGUGAUCGGAGCAUCGUACGUGGCUCUGGAGUGCGGUGGUUUCCUGGCCGGCCUGGGUCUUGAUGUGACCAUCAUGGUCCGGUCCAUCCUGCUGAGGGGCUUUGACCAGGACAUGGCCAACCGUGCCGGAGAGCACAUGGAGGAGCAUGGUGUCAAGUUCCUCCGCAAAUAUGUCCCUACUAAGAUAGAGGAGCUGGAAGCGGGCACUCCAGGCAGGCUGAAGGUGACAGCCAAGUCCACUGAAACCGAUGAGAUCAUCGAGGGCGAGUACAACACUGUGUUGAUAGCGGUGGGCCGAGACGCAUGCACAGACAAGCUUGGCCUAGACAAGACUGGGGUCAAAGUCAACCCCAAGAACGGAAAAAUUCCAGUGAACGAUGAGGAGCAGACCAGCGUGCCCCACAUCUACGCCGUCGGAGACAUCCUGGAAGGCAAGUGGGAGCUGACACCUGUAGCCAUCCAGGCUGGCAAGCUGCUGGCACGACGCCUCUAUGGGGGCUCAACAGUCAAGUGUGACUACAUCAACGUUCCCACCACUGUCUUCACCCCACUGGAGUAUGGCUCCUGCGGUCUGUCAGAGGAGAAAGCCACUGAGCUCUACGGGGACGAAAACCUCGAGGUGUUCCACAGUCUGUUCUGGCCUCUGGAGUUCACUGUGCCCGGCAGAGACAACAACAGAUGCUACGCUAAGAUCAUCUGCAACAAACUGGAUAACGAUCGAGUCAUUGGAUUCCACUAUCUGGGUCCAAAUGCUGGAGAGGUGACGCAGGGCUUCGGCGCAGCCAUGAAAUGUGGUGUUACUAAGGAGCAGCUUGACGGCACCAUCGGCAUCCACCCAACCUGCGCUGAGGUCUUCACCACUUUGGAGGUGACCAAGAGCUCCGGUGGAGACAUCAGCCAGUCCGGCUGCUGAGGUUAAACCCUGCUAGUUUAGCGGGCUGCUCUCAUAUUAGACUCUCUUACCAACCCCUCUCAUCUCAGUUCAACCUCUAAGCUCAGCUUCACCUCCAACUGCUCAGUUUACAGGGCAGUAGUUUCUCAGGACAAACCUAACACCACGGCCAGCGUCUGGACGAGUGAAAGCACUCAUUUAGGCUCGCUGAGAGCUCAGAGGUGACUGAAAGAAGCCAGAGCUCAGGAUGUGUAAAUCUCCAGCUCUGGCUGAGGUCGUUUGAUAUGAGGGCAGCCUGCUGAACAGCGGGGUUACUCUGCUGAUGUUUCUACUGGACUCCAACAGUGUGUCUUUCUCAGAGGAGCACCAUCACACACACUGCCGCUGAGUAUGUAUGUGUGUGUGUUUGGGCUGUUUGUGACGUCCUGGCCCGUAACCUGAAUUACUAGGUGGGUGAGGAUCGAUGUAUCUCUGCAGAAGCACCUGAUGGUGGCCCAAACCCUUCGUCCAACCCCCAACUUCAAACACUUCUCAUUCAGCCCCAGUACACAGAUGGCAUACAGACGGAAAUUGACUUUAGUGAGACAGAUUUAAAUUGGCACACAACCAGGGUUUGAACGGAUGCACGGCUCUGAAUUUGGUCCAGCUUGUGAUGGAAACUUAAUAUUUAAUCAGGUCUGUCUGAGUGUGUAUAGAAAAUAUGUUGUUAACGUCUCUUCUGUUGAGCUUUCAUCAUUCCACACAUAUUCCUCUUAACAUGUCUUUAGGCUGAAUCUGAGGGUGAUACAUGUAGCUAUCAAUACCUGUCUUUGCUGUGUGGAGGGGUUUCUGCCUUAAAGAGAACUCCCUUUAUCUCUACCAAAGUGUUUAUCGAAACAAGUCUGCAGAGAGAUCAAGAGCCGGCAAACCUACACCUUUCAAACCUCAAUGUGCUGCAACAAAACACUGUCAGACAAAUUCAAUAGAAAAUACAUUAUGGAUUGUACUGAAAAUUGUGUUUAAGGAAAAAAAAAAAACAUUUUCACAAGUUUAUACUAAAUUAAUUUAAUGCUUGUUUGUUGCAUCUUGCUGUUUGACUCUGCUUUAUGUGUAUGUACAAGAUAUAUUCAAUCUUCUAGAGGACAGCGUUCUGACUGCUGUCAGUGAGUGACAUUGGUCAUCUGUAUAAAUGACUUGUUCAUUGGUGUCAAACCACUGUAGAUUUCUUCUCUCAAGAUUUAAUAAAGGAUGAAUUCACCUCCA